UUGACGUUAAAUACAGAACAACCAAUGAACGUGCUUUAAAAAUCAAGAAACCGCUGGCGCUUCGUAAUUAAUUUUAAAUAUUUAAUUUUACAGAUUUGCAUGACGAACGUGUAUGUAAGUUUCUGUGAUAAAGUAAUUAGUUGUUCUUUAAAAUAUGAAUAUUUUUUUUAUUUUCAUUUGUAUAAAGUAUUCUUAUAACUGAAGGAAACAAUUUUUUUAUUUGGACUGUCAUUCUUGUAACGGACGGAUCAGCUGUAGUGAACUGUAGACAAUCCACCUGUAAACGUUUUUAAAUAAUGUAUAAGUUGAUUGUUCCUACAGAAAUUGAGUGCCUAUUAUAGAAAAAAAAAAAACAGAAACUAUGGACGGAAAAGAGAAUAAAGUGCGAACACAGGCUGUUAAAAUGGGUGUUAGUUCUGCUCUGAUGGGAAGAGGCCACCCCAUUAAGAAACCACAGUCAGCAACUCAAGAAUGCAGCAAAAUGUUGAUCUCUGGUACUAGAUGCGUCUCCCAAGCAUCGCAACUGCAUCUGAUGCACAAGAAACAACAGCACAUUCUCACGUCUGUUGGCCACGUGAAGAACGUGGAGCCGGCAGAUGGGGUCAGACCUGUGUUGCAGUCUGUGGAACCCAUUGUAAAUAACUGCAAGACUGCAGUUAAUGUGCCCACUAGCAGUGCUGUGAGGACUUUGCCCCCUGGCACCAGGGCUGUGCCGUCGAGGGUGGCACCAACCAGCAACUGUGGAGGUCCUAAAGUCUCUCAGGCUAGCAGUGCUCAGAGGAAGAGCGUGCCGAUGAGGAGCCGACCGACCACCAGUGGUUCUGACAAGCAUGCUUCAAGCGUGGUUCUGGUGAGUGGCGAUGCUGUUUCCAGAGUCUUGGAUCAUGUUUCCUCGACCACAGGCGUAUCUGUUCAGCCAUGUUCUGGUAGCGAGACUGCACACAUCAAACCACCAACAGACCCAGUUUCUGCAGCGACUGUUGCGACUAAAACAUGUACUGAAACUGCCAAAAGCAUAGAGAUGCAAAGCUCAGAUGUUCUGAAGCCUCUUACGUCCGAAUGCAUAGUGCCUCGCAAAAACUUCAGUGGUGAUACAAAUGGAUCUGCUACAGCUGCCAAAUCUAUGUGGAGCUUGAUGGACUUUGAGAUAGGUAGACCACUCGGCAAGGGUAAAUUCGGUAAUGUGUAUCUAGCGAGAGAGAAAAGUUCCAAGUUUGUUGUUGCUUUGAAAGUGAUAUUCAAAUCACACAUACAGAAAGCAAAUGUGGAACAUCAACUCCAGAGAGAAAUAGAAAUUCAGUCCCAUCUGAGGCAUGAAAACAUUUUGAGAUUAUUUGGCUACUUUCAUGAUGACACGCGUGUCUACAUUAUUUUAGAAUAUGCACCAAAAGGUGAAGUAUUCAAAGAGCUACGUGCCCAGCCAAAUGGAAGAUUUGAUGAAAAAAGGACUGCCGAAUACAUAUACCAGCUAGCCCAUGCCCUGGACUACUGCCACACAAGGGGUGUGAUUCACAGGGACAUUAAACCAGAGAAUCUUCUGCUGAGUGCAAGGGGAGUUCUGAAGAUUGCUGACUUUGGAUGGUCAGUCCAUGCUCCGUCUUCCAGGAGAACAACUCUUUGUGGCACCCUGGAUUACUUGCCUCCAGAAAUGGUGGAAGGCAAGACACAUGACGAGAAGGUUGACCUCUGGAGUCUGGGUGUUCUCUGCUAUGAGUUCCUGGUCGGCCACCCGCCUUUCGAGACGCCUUCCUAUCAGGACACGUACAACAGGAUCCGCCGAGGCUACUACUUGUGCCCUCCACACGUCACUGUAGGGGCCAGGGACUUGAUUUCAAAGCUUUUAGUGGUUAAUCCUUCUGAAAGACUCUCGUUGGAAGAAAUUAUGAACCACAAAUGGAUUGUGGAAAAUGCCUCCAGGGUGAUUUCAAAAAUUAAAUAACAGACUGAAAACAACAUUGAUGUCUGUUUAAUGAUAGCAUCAUGGUUAUAUGUUUUAGAACAGGAUAUUUAUUUGCCAUUUAUAUGUGAUACAAAAUAAUCUUGUUUUUAUUGUCAGCAGAUAUGAUAUGCUGAAGUUUUUUUUGGGUUGCAAAUAGCAUGUUUGUUGUGUUUUCACAUUUUUACUGUCCUAAAAUUAAAGAUUGGUUUCUUGCACAUUUUAUUUUUUAAUAAUUGUGAAAUCUAGUCUGAGAAAAUAGUAUGCUCUUUGUGCUCAUCAUUGUGAUAGGCAAAUGUAAGUUUUCUUAGACAGUAUUGAUGUUUAUGUACUUUAUUUUGAUUGUUAAGAAACAGUGUAAUGCUAUUUACAGGUCUUCUAACGAUUUUUAAAAUAAUGUCAUUAGUAUUUUUAAUAUCAAUGUACUUUUCUUUGUAUGGUCGUAUUUAUUGGUUGUUUUUGUUGCUGAGGGACUUAAAACUUGUUCAGUAUUUUGAAACCAUUUUGUAAUACUGCUCAUUAAAAUGAUUAAACUUAUCGUUCUGAAACUUUUUGCUUUAAAUAUUGUAGUUCAUAUCUUUCAUUUUGAUGGGGACGAAGCACUUCCCUAAAUACAUAUUUGUGUGUGGUAACAGUAUGCUUCUUGUGUUUACAGUAAAAUAGAUCAAAUCUGACACACAAUUUCACAAACUAAAUUAAAGUUACAGGAAUAAGUGAUUUGGAACACACAUUAUGGAUUUGCAUAGUAAGUGGAGACUUCCAAUAGGCCUAUUGCCCAUUAAAUUUUUACCUGUGAUUGUGUGUUUAUUACAGGAGAGAAGCAGUGAACUGAUUUUUAUUCCAUCUGUCAGUUACUAAUGGCUAAUGAGUGUGGCGGAAGGCCUUUGGACUCCGUCAAGAUCUGCAAAAUGUCACUCAAAAUAAAAAUAAUAUAUCUUAAGAUUUCAAAAACUUUGGAGGGGGGGGGGGGGGUAGCAGUAGAGCUGGUGCAGGGACGUCUAACCUCUUUGGAACCGGGGGUGUAGGGUGUUGACUGAAAAAAAAAAGUAUUAUUCAUCCCACAUCGUUUCAGGUUUAUUUCCAGUAAACUAUGACCAACACAUAAAUAGAUAAAUAAAUAAUGUCAAACUACUCUUUUCACAAUAAAUAAAUAAAUAAAUACUUCUUUGAAAUAAAUAAACAUUAAUUUAUCCUCUUCUUAGCAUGAGUAUUAACUUUUAAAAUGAAAUGAUAAAAGUUUACAAACACCUCGACCCAUCCUUAGGCUAAAUUAACGAAAGAAAUUUAACAUUACUGGAUUCCAAACUGUCUGCCCUCCUGGAAAGAAACAAAAAGUUAAGCCAUCCUAACACAAUUAAAAUUACACUCGCAUUAUUUAUUUUACUCUUGCUAAAAAGUUAAUUACGAGUUCGCCAUUACUUACAACACCUUCUCUGAACGGCAGCACCCAGGGUGGCCCAUUUAUUAAUUCCCCCUCACAUUGUCAUCACGUCGAGAACCCCGGCUGCGAUUUCACAACACAACCGACAUACAGCCAACUGACGCUAUCCCCUCUCCACCGGCCGUGCCAGACUCGCAUUGCUUCCGCCAGAUUGCGACACAGACACCAGCGCGUCAGGUGCGCGCGCCUGCGUAGAAACAGCAACGCAGCGGAAACAAAACAGGGUGGCCGACGCUCACGAUGUCGAAACUGCCCGCAGCUGGCCAGGCCGCGGACGGCAAAUCACGCCACUGUCCCAGAAAAACAGAGUGUUAGCAAUCUACCGCGCCGCGAUGAAAAAAAAAAAACACUGAGUGUCGCAAGCAAGCAUCAGGCACUUAAGCGGGCUCACAAAGCACCACUGCGCAAAACCAAGUUCAAUAAACACUUCACGUAAAAUUUUACAGCGUGACAUGAGUAUAGAGACCAUCUGUGGCCCCAUUAUGUCUGUGGAGUUAUGCUAAAUAAUGGACUCUCUCAAAUUUUAAAUUUAUUUUCACCAAAUCACUAACUUCUUAUAAUGUUCUUUAUGUAAGGGGUUUUAAAGCACUUUUAUUUGUCCCUCCCCCCCCCCCCCCCCCCCCCUUGCACAUUGUCAGGAGUUGCUUGACUUCUGGGUUGUAGUGUCUAAGGCGAAUCUUUACUUUCGACGCGGCUGCAACCCAACAGCCAAGCAACUUCAAGCCCUCAAAUAUCAUCAAUUUUUUGUUAUUUGAAAGGUUUGAUAAUAAAGUAAAUGAUAAAAAAUUUGUUUCCAAAUAUUACAUAAACUGAAAAAAAAAAAAAGUAUUUGCUACCAGCCUAAAUGUUCUCAGAAUGUUUGUAGACCUGCAGAAAACACCAGUGACAUGUAUACGUAAUGCCCACUGUAUCUGGUUGGAUUGAAUGAUUCUUCAAAUCUUAAUUUUCUGUUUUUUUGCUCAUACAUUUGUUAUUACCGGCUCUUGAGUUCUAUAUUUGGAUUCAAAACAUUCUUUUCAUAAUAAAAUUCAAAAUAUGGAUAUAAGCAAAAAAGUGGAUACAAAUUACUGGUUUUUUACAUAUAAUGUUUGUAUAAGAUUAUCAAAAAUAUAGUAUUAUAGAUCAAAUUACAAUUUGUACUUCCGGUGACUUGCUGUAAUGAAACUGUUUUUCCAUGGUUACAGAAACCAGUACAAGUAAUUGGUGGCACAAGUUUGUUAGUUUUGGAAAUGUGCAUGCAUCUUAGGUGACUUUUUGCAAUAAAAAGAAAAGUUACUACCUAUUAUUUGUGUUUUGAAACUAGUAGGAAUAUAUCUUUACAACAAAAUCAUAAUUGUCGAAGGACAUUCAUACCUCAUCUUACUGCUAAAAUUGUAAAAGUGCUUCCAUUGACAUUUAUUUCUUCCU